AUGGUGGGAUUCAUGCAAGGAACUCACUCUCGGGAUAGCCAUUCGGUCAAUAUGCUCGACCUCUAUCGUCGACAGAACUCUCCUAUCUUUCAAGGGAAACUUGGCGCAGACCCCAGUGAAGGGGAAUUCUGGAUCGAACAAACGGAAAAACUACUAGACCACUUACAUUGCAGAGAAGAAGAGAAAGUCAACUGUGCCACGUUCAUGCUGCAAGAUGAGGCAGAUAGAUGGAGGAAAGGAGUCAAGAGGGCAAUGACCCCUCGAGUUAGGGCACCCUAUAUCACCUGUGAGCGAUUUAAGGAACUCUUCAAUGAGAAGUACUUUCCCCUGAAUUUAAGAAUGAAGAAGGAGAGGGAAUUCAUGCAGCUAAAGCAAACCGGGGACAUGACUAUCGCCCAGUACGAGGAUGCUUUUAGCCGAUUGAUCAGGUACAUGCCUAUUUAUGAAGGGGACGAAAGGAUCAAAGCUCAGAAGUUCUUAGGGGGGCUGAAUCUGAAGCUUCGGAAGGCCUUGAGCAGUAUAAGUACUCAGUCUUAUAGAGAAGUGAUGUUGCAAGCCUUUACCACUGAGGCUAACCUAAGCCGGAUCGAAGCUAUCCAAGGAGAAAGUCAACAAGCGAGCGGUCAUAAAGUAUGCAAGAAGCUGGAUCUCCAGAAGCCGAAGUUCAAGCCUGAUUUUGACGUGAUUCUAGGAAUGGACUUCCUAACCAAAUACAACACUACGUUGGACUGUAAAGCUAAGACAGUCUAUCUCAAGAGCGAAGACUUGAACGUCAAGUUUCAAGGGAAAAAGAAGGCAAGUGAGCGGAAGUGGAUCUCGGCUCUAAAGGCUGAGAAACUAUUACGUCAAGGAGCACAAGGAUACUUGGCUUGUGUCCAAGGGAAAAGCGAGGAGCCGUUAAAAAUCAAAGAAGUGCGAAUUGUUAGGGAAUUCGAGGAUGUGUUUCCCGAAGAAUUGCUUGGAUUGCCACCCCAAAGAGAGAUCGAGUUUUCGAUAGAAACUGUGCCAGGGGCAGGUCCGGUUUCAAUACCCCCGUAUAAAAUGGCCCCUACAAAAUUAAGAGAAUUAAAGAUCCAAUUGCAAGAGUUGUUGGACAAGGGGUUCAUCAGGCCAAGUAUGUCACCAUGGAGAGCACCGGUACUUUUUGUUAAGAAAAAGGAUGGGAGUCUGAGGAUGUGUAUAGACUAUCGACAGUUGAACAAGAUAACUGUCAAGAAUAAGUACCCACUUCCUAGAAUAAAGGAGUUGUUUGACUAG